GGCGCGGGGUCGUUUGAACGGGAGGGAUGAGCGGAGCCUGUGCCCGGGAGCUGCCACCGCUGGACGCGGCCCGGGGGUGUCACCGCUGCCUCGGGAUCCUGCUGCGGGCACAGGAGCCGCUGGACAGGGGCCGGAGCCCCGCUCAGGGUGAGGUCCCCAAGGUGUCCCCAGAGCCGCGGUGGCCCCGGGGGGCCCUGUCCUUCCUGACCGAGGAUGGCAGCGACUCCUGGGUGGCCCUUGGGGACAUUCCCGAGGCCGGACCCCUCAGCAGCACCCGCAGGUCCCUCCUGGAUGAGCCGGGGGACAGCGGUGUCCCCUCGCUGUGGCCGGAGUGUCCCCAAGGGGACAGCGGUGUCCCCUCGCUGUGGCCGGAGUGUCCCCAAGGGGACACCGCUGUCCCCCUGCCACCCCUGGCCUCCAGCACUCUGCUCUGGGAGCGGCACCAGCCCCAGGAGCCACCCCCGAGCCGCAUUUUGGGGACAAGGACACGAGGUCCCCCCAAACCCAGCCUUGGGGACACCCCUGUCCCCUGUCCCCGUUUUGCUGCCGGGGUGUCCCCGAGGCGGCGCCAGGGCGGGGUUUUGGGGACACGCGCGGUGUCCCCGAGGUCCCCCCUGCCCCGCAGCUGCUCGGUGGCACCGCAGGGCUCGGGGGACAUCGCGGGUGGCACCGCCGGGGGAUGGGGAGGGGCUGUCCCCAAGGGGCAGGUGACAGAGCCGAGGGGUGGGGACAUCGCUGGAAUUGGGGACCCCGCUGGAUUUGGGGACACCGCUGGAUUUGGGGACCCCGCUGGAUUUGGGGACCCCGCUGGAAUUGGGGACACCAGCGGAUUUGGGGACACCGCUGGAAUUGGGGACACCAGCGGAUUUGGGGACACCGCUGGAAUUGGGGACACCAGCGGAUUUGGGGACACCGCUGGAUUUGGGGACCCCGCUGGAUUUGGGGACACCGCUGGAUUUGGGGACACCGCUGGAAUUGGGGACACCAGCGGAUUUGGGGACACCAGCGGAUUUGGGGACAGCACCGAGAGCUUCGUCACCGCCCAGGAGUCCCUGGAGGCCGAGGGGGCUCAGCCCGGGGAGCCCUCGGGGGGGGGUGGCAGCGACCCCAAAUCCGGGCCCGGCGUCCUGCGGGGAUUUGGGGACAAGGGACACCCCCAGAGCUCGUCUGGCUCCUGUCGCAGGGGAUUUGGGGACAAGGGACACCCCCAGAGCUCGUCUGGCUCCUGUCGCAGGGGAUUUGGGGACAAGGGACACCCCCAGAGCGCUCUGUCACUCGCCCGGGGCUCCCCCAAACCCAGCCCCAGGGUCCGGCCGGUCCCCGGGAGCCGGCGACACCCCCAGAUGUCCCCGUGGGUCACUCGGGGUCCCCUCGGUGCCACCAGCAGCCCCAAGCCUGAGGGUGGCUCUGGGUGGCAACGCCACUCGCCCUUGGGGACAUCCCGGUCCCGGGGGGUCCUCCUGGCCCCGCGGCCACCUGGCAGUGCCAGUGGGGACCUGGGGACAUCCUCCGUGUCACUGUCACCCUCGGGGGACUUGGGGACGCCUUCCGUGUCACUGUCACCCUCCGUGUCACUGUCACCCUCCGUGCCACUGUCACCCUCUGUGCCACUGUCACCCUCUGUGCCACUGUCACCCGGCUGUGCCACCCCCCGCUCCGAGAGCCACCCAGAGGAUGUGACAGAGGACCGGGCACCCCGCGAGUGUCACAGCCCCGGGGGUGACAGGGAUGUCACCAGCAGCCCCGGGGGUGGCACCGGGCGGGGUGGCCGCGCGUGGCUCGGAGACAGUCCCGGCCCUGUGGAGCGCUGGGGACAGCGUGGGUGGCCCCAGGGGCACAGCCCGGAGCUGCUGGCCGCGCUCAGGACCGGCCGCGUCCCCGACUGCGGCCAGGACGAGCUGGAGCUGAGCCGGCACUUCGAGCGGCCGGAGCGCGGCCGGACCUGGCGCGGGGGACACCUCAAGUCCAGCUUCAACUACCUCCUGCUGGACCCCAGGGUCACCCGGGACCUGCCCCGGCGCAGCCCCGGCCUGAGCCCGGCCCAGCGGUUCCGGACCUUCGUCAGCGCCGUGUUCUACGUGGGCAAAGGGACACGGGCCAGGCCCUGGUGGCACCUGCGGCAGGCGCUGGCACAGCAUCGGCGUGGGACACACAGGGGUGGCCCCAAGGUCCGGCGCAUCCUGGAGAUCUGGGCUGUGGGGCAGGGCGUGGUGCCCCUGCAGUGCUUCCAGCACCGCGUGCCCGCCGAGGCCUACACCCGCGAGAGCUGCAUGCUGGAGGCGCUGGGGCUGUGUUGUGUCACCAACGCGUGUCGGGGCCGCAGUUACGGGGUGGCCGCGGGCUGGGCGCCCGCCCGGCGCCGGCGCCUCGGGGUGCUGCUGCUGCUGCGAGCCAUGGCCGUGCUGCUGGCCGAGGGAGAGAGCCAGCUGCGGCCUGGGGACAUCCCCGUCCGCUCCUGA